UGGAGCCGGAGGGCACCCCCUCCGCCAGUGGGGGUGGGGCUUGGAGGGGGACACGGAAGGGGGGCAUGAGACGGGGAGAGCCACCCCCAGUGUCUCCUGGGUCUGGGGAUUCCCGUGAGACCCCCAGGGGACCACCCUGCGCGAGGGUGGUGGUGGCGGCGGUGGGCGGAGGCGGUGGGAGGACACGGAGGACGGUCGGUGAGGUGAGCAUUUCUGGGGGUGGUGCAGAGGCUCGAUGGUGGACGCUGUGCCAGCCAGUGCCACACUGCACCUCUCUGCCCCCGUCUUUUCGAGUCGGGGUCCCUGACCCCCCUCUUUCGUGGGGUGCUGCUGGGUCAAGCCAUUCAUCCUCCAGCUGAAUUUGCAGCCGCAGCCGCUGACGCCUGCAGCCAGUUUCGCAGCCUCUGGGCUCUGCGCGGUGCGAGGGAUCCGAAAGCUGCCGGCAGGGGCAUAGGGGGCGACCGGAGCCCGGACCUGGCGAGUUGCUGGAGAGGACUUGGUGCGGAGCUGCUGCCACCCGAGCUGGGCCAGGACCUGAGAUCUCAUUGCUACCGCUGCCGCUGCUGCCUGGGGACCUUUCUGAGACCCAGGUUGGGGACAGUGCCGGAGGGGCCUCCUCUGCUGCAGACAUCUGGCCGCAGGAGGGAGCCGGCUGGACCGAAGCUGGGCACGCAUGGGCAGAGCAGAGACGACUGGCUGCCCUGAGCGCAAUUCAAUUCAACAGACAUUUACUGAGUGCCUACUAUGCGCCAGGCCUUAGGCUGGGCACUGGGGGAGGGGCGCAGAGAGGAAGAUGGGGUCCUGUCCUCAGAUAGCUCCAGGCUGGGGGGCGUGGAGAGGACAGGCAAAGGCUGGACAGCUCAGCACCAGGAGAGAAGCCGCUUGGUGGGCUGGAUGCAGCAGAGCCCCGGGUUCGAGUGCAUCAUGGAGAGCUGCCGUUCCUCGUCCGCACCUCAGUCUCCCCACGUGCAAAAUGGGGGAGACGACCUCUAGGACCCAUGCAGUAUUCCAAGAGUGAUACCUCGGGCUUGUGGGGGCAGAGCAGAGGGGUCACCCUGCAGAAGGGAGGUCUCCAAAGGCUUCUCAGAGGAGGUGGUAUAAGGUCUGGACCCAGGGGAUGGGGACAGGUGGGCAUGGCUCCCAGGGUUAGGACCAGCGUGAGUGAAGGCCUGGUGCAUGUGGGUUCCCCCAGUUCCAUAGGGUUUCAAGGGGACACAUCGGGGUGGGAGUGAGCUUAGAGAGGGACAGAGGGGUUCUAGGGCCACAGGUCGGGGUGGGAGCCAUUGUGGGCUGUUGAGGGACAGCCAGGAACAGCUGGCCCUGCUCUGUCCCACCUCCUUCUCCCUCCCUCUCUAGGGCACACUUCAGGAUCACUUCCUGUAGAACCUUGCAGCCGUGUGGCCUCGGUAGCACCUGCACUGUGCCAGGCACUGUGUACAUUAGUCCUCACUGGGCUCCAAUUCACAGAGGAGGACACGGAGUUCUGACAGGAAGCUUCUUGCCCACGGUCACGAUCUGACUCCCAAGCCCCCCAUGCUUCUCCUGUUACCUCCCACUGAGAGGGUUCCCGUUCUCUGCGACGUCUCCCAUCCUGGGGAUCCCCCCCAACAAAGCCCUGGGGAGUGCCCACCAAGGACAAUGCAGUUGGGUUUGGAGGGCGAAGGUAGGAAAAUCCCAGAUGUUGGCAGGACUGGCUUUCUCCCAGACCCGAGUUUCUGCCCCAGCAGCCACCCUCUGGGAUAGCGUGAGGCGGGACUCCUUCCCACUUUACAGAUGAGUAGACUGAGGCCCUGAGAGUCAUGUGGCUAGUCCAAGGUCAAACUCAAGGGAGUGACAGCCUAGGCUAGAAGCUGGUCUCUUCAUUGCCCAACUGAGGCUGGAGGGAGGCUCAGGUCCCUUGAGAUCUGUACAAAAGCUGAGCCCCGCUCCCCGGACCCCCGACCUCCCCAGGUAGCAGAGAAGCCUGGCCCUGGAGUCGAAGACCUGGUUCAAAUCCUGGUUUUGUCUUUGCAUGAACUGUGUGAUCUGAGCAAGUCAUGGAUUACUUGGGGCCUCGAUUUCCUUAUCUAUAAGAGGGCAGCGAGCUGGCCUCCUUCACUCAGCCAUGAGCAAAUAUUUAUUGAGCACCUACUGGGAGAAGCAGGGCCCUUCCUCGGGAACUGAGUCCAGAGGUAGCAGCAGCAGUUUUGAUUCCGGUUGUGAUGGAGGAAGUGCAGGGAGCUGUGGGGACCCAUAGGACAGGCCCCAGCCAGGUGGGUCGGAGAGCUCCCGCAGGACCACGUGGGCCGCGCUCUGGAUGCUGUUGGAAUUUUCCCAGAUCAGCCGCAGCCAGCGAAGGCUUUCUGGCAGGGGAGUGCUGUGCUCAGGUUGACGUUCUAGAAAGCUCAUCCUCUGCUGGGUUCGGAGUGGGGAGGUAGGGUUGGAGGUAGAGAGGCAGCAGGAGCAGUGGGGCAGAGGGCAGCACCAAGGUGGCAGUGGGGGCAGCACCAAGGUGGCAGUGGGGGCAGCCGGGCAGGUGUGGCUGCCUCUCACCAGGUCUGGGAACUGAAAGAGAAGCAGGGGACGAGGGGGAAGGGGCCAUGGGAGGUUAGCCCAGUCGUGGAGGUGGACAUGGAUGAGUGAGUUUCAGGUGCCAGGGAAGGCCCCCCCCCGCCCCGGAAGCUGCUGGGUAUGGUGGUUUGGGUAUGGUCAGCCUGGAGCUGACAUUAGAAGCCUUGGUGGGAGGGGGGCGCUCAUGGGCUCUUGAGGGGGGGAAGGGGGAAGCAGGUUUGAGAAGGGCAGUGAGCAGGGACCAGGACAUCAGGGGAGGCCACUGCUUGGCGUACAAGCAGAGGAGCCUGAGGGGACACAGCCUGGGAGGUCUUGGGAAAGCAGAGCUGCACGUCCCCAGCCCGGGAAGGAGGCGGCGGGGCUUAGGUCUGCGGAGAGAUUUCAGCAGGCGGCGUGUCGGACGCUGUGCCCUGCACCGGCUGAGGAGGUGCCCGGGAGGGUCAGCUCCCGAAUCUUUUCACCCGAAGGCAGAAGCUGAGUUUCUGCCCCUUACCCUCCUAGGGAGGAGGAGGCUGCAGAGGGGGAAGGUUUCGGGGAAGCAGGACAAGGGGAAAAACAUUUGCAUGCAUGACAAGGCUGAAGUGAGAGGGAGAAAAAAGGGGGAGAAAGAGAGGAAGAGAAAUCACCAUACACCAGGAUCUUGUUAUUCAAGCUAAUUUUCAAAGGACCACAGCUGUCACACUGAGAUAAUUCGUUAAUUAUAACAGCCAUUGUGCUUUGGCAGUGGGAGAGGAAACCGAGGCCGGGGAACAGGCUGGAGGUGGGGGUGGGAGCAGGCCGCUGGGGCGCCUGGACUUCAGAGAGGGGACAGGGACAGAGGUGAAGAGAGGUGCGUUACCCUCGGGACUGAAAGGAAGACACUGCCAGGUCAGGCCCUGUCCCUCCUCACUGUCAUUGCUGCGGUGCGGGCCUGUGCCACGUGCCUUGCACCAGCCCUCCACAGCGACACCUGCAGGAGGCAGCUUCCCGGUGUAGUGACUGCCCAGACCCUGGCCUGUGGCCGUCCCCUCUGCAGCCCGCUGAGCUGGUGCUCUUCUUGUCGCACUUUACAGAAGAGGAAACUGAGACCCAGGGAGGAUUAGCUUGCCAGGACCAGGGCGCGAGGUGGCAUAGCCUGAUUCGAGCUGAACGUGGACCCUGCGCUUUGGCAGCACGCUAGGGAGGGCUGGUCUUGGCGGACUGGCCACGUGGAGUUGGCAGACACAGGAGCUGUCACAUAAGAUAGCCUCACGUUCGGGCUGUGGUUUCUGCCCAGCCGGCAGUCCUGGGGCGGCCCUCCCCCGGGAGUUUCCGGGGCUCCGUGGCGACCCCUCUGUGGACAGAGCCUCCUUGUUCUCUGAUGCUGCAGCUGCAGGCCCCCCGCAGCCUCGGAGGCGGCUGUCAGUCUGGGCUGGGCUCUCCCACCUGCUCCAGAGAAAUCGGCUCUCAGGGCUGGGGGGAGGGAAUUCAGACCAUCCCAGGUGGUGCCUAUACUGAUCCCUUGCCACCGUCUGGUUAGAGGUUGGGAGGUGACAGAAGGUAGAGACGGGGCUCGGGGAGGCAGGCCCAGGUGAGCAGAGUGAGGGACUGUAAGUCUGUAGAGAGAAGGUAGGGGUCCAGGAGUCAUUCCAGAAACCCCAGGUCCCCUUGAGCUUCAGUGUGGCUUCAGGAACUCAGGGGUCCUGGUGUUCACAGCGGCCAUGCCUACAGACAGCACCUAGGCUAGGCCAGCGGGCAGCAUUCUGUGGGCUGGGAAUAGUGUCUGGGAGAGGGCACCCCCAAACCCCAGAAGGACCCCCAAACCUGGCCCAGACAGCAUUGUUGGCAGAGGAGCAGUGGGCCCCACAGGGCGACAGGUGGGCCUAGGAUGGUCGUGUGGGGGGCCCCCUUGGCUUGGGGACCUCUCCCCAGUGGGGCUGCUUGGAGCCAAAGAGAAGCUGUCAGAGGGUCAGGACAGCCUAGAGUCCUGUAGAGUUGGUGACCCAUGGAGGCCAAGACACAGGAGACUUUUAGGACCAAGCAAGUGACAGAUACACCUUAGAACCCUCAACCCAGACUCCCCAAAUGACAGAUCCACGGUGUUGGUGUCCUGGUGCUAAAACCCAAGAGCCAUGGGUCAGGAGGACAGGGGAUGGAGCUCCAGGUCAGGCAGGGGCCAAGUGCGGGAGGCAGGGACUGGGGCACCCCGGAGUCCCCGGCUGAGAGGCUCGUAGGAUUACCCCCGGCAGGCUGGGGUUCUACUUGUCCCCACUCGGGCCUUCCCCCUUGUGGCUGGCCUCAUGAACUCCAGUGUGCAGGGCUCAGCUGGCCACCCAAGCCAGAGAGGCGGGGAGGAGGCUGGACGCCGCCCCGAGGUGCCACCGCCGUCCCUCCAGGCAUGCAGGUCCGGGAAGCCAGAUCUUCCCGUUUCUCAGUAGAUUCCAGAAACGGGGAUUUUUGAAACAAAAUCUGCCAAGUUUUCAAUAUUGGCAACUGAUUUAAAAAAUGUGAAAACCACCAUGCAGCUGAGACAGAAUCGCACUGCGUCUCUCGAAGACAGCCUGGGGGCGUGGAGGGUGGAAGCCACUACGUAGCAGUUGUGAGACCUCAGUUUCCUCAUCUGCAAAGUGGGAAUAGUGAUAGUGCUUUUAAGAAGUUUAAAGUUGGCUCAGGAUUAAGUGAGUUAACGUGGGAAGUGCGGAGGCCCAGCCGGUGCAAGCACUGAAGACUCUUCACCUUGUGGGAGGCUGCCCAUCCCUCCCCGGGCCACCUCUCAGGAGGCUUCGCUCUCCGCCACUGCAGUCUCCACUUCCCCCUGGGGGCCCCCACAUGCCCUGCCCCUGUCUUGGGACAGCCCUGAGGAUGCUGGAGGGCAGGGAAGCGUUUGCCCCUUGGGACCCUGGAGGAGGAGCAGGCGGAGGAGGCAGAGCUGGGAGGGCGGGCCUAGCCGGUGCCUGGUACAUAGUAGGUGCUCCAUAAAUGUUUAUUGAAUGAAUGAAUGGAGGCCGUGCAGGCAGAGGCAGCCGUGCUGCGCAGGCACUGGUGAAAGAGCGGGUCCAGUGGAGACUGGAACCAGGUGCAGAUGGGUCUCUUCCUUCCUGCCCCCGUCUCUCUCACUCCCCGCUCAGUGCGCUCUCUCCAGCCACCUAUGGGAAUCGUCUGAAGUUCUAAGCCCGGAAGCCAACGAGGAGGAGGAGGAGGAGGAGGAGGAGGAGAAGAAGGAGGAGGAGGAGGAGGAGAAGUGAGAAGAGGUCAAUCCCUGAGAACCUGCGCACCUUCUCAGCGGGAGACAAGGAGCCACGCUGUGGGGGUAGCAGGCUGUGGGGCCCCCACCCUUCACCCCAGCCAGGCCUAGUGCCUGCCGUAGCACCCCAGAAGGCCCCCAGCAGUUGGCACUAGCUGUCCCCACCUUUCCUGGGGCCCCCGUGCUGGGGGUCGCCCCCAAGAUGGUGGCGGCCCCAGGGAGGACUGUGCUGCCCGCCCCAGCCUCUGGCUGCUAGGCACCACCCCCCAUGCCUCGCCCUGCCCCCCACUCCGAGGCCCGCGCCAUGCUGCGUCUGGGGCUGUGUGCAGCGGCGCUGCUGUGCGUGUGCCGGCCCGGCGCCGUGCGCGCCGACUGCUGGCUCAUCGAGGGCGACAAGGGCUACGUGUGGCUGGCCAUCUGCAGCCAGAACCAGCCGCCCUACGAGACCAUCCCACAGCACAUCAACAGCACCGUGCACGACCUGCGGCUCAACGAGAACAAGCUCAAAGCCGUGCUCUACUCCUCCCUCAACCGCUUCGGGAACCUCACCGACCUCAACCUCACCAAGAACGAGAUCUCCUACAUCGAGGACGGUGCCUUCCUGGGCCAGUCGAGCCUGCAGGUCCUGCAGCUGGGCUACAACAAGCUCAGCAACCUGACGGAGGGCAUGCUGCGGGGCAUGAGCCGCCUGCAGUUCCUCUUUGUCCAGCACAACCUCAUCGAGGUGGUGACGCCCACCGCCUUCUCCGAGUGCCCCAGCCUGAUCAGCAUCGACCUGUCCUCCAACCGCCUCAGCCGCCUGGACGGCGCCACCUUUGCCAGCCUCGCCAGCCUGAUGGUGUGUGAGCUGGCCGGCAACCCCUUCAACUGUGAGUGCGACCUCUUCGGCUUCCUGGCCUGGCUGGUGGUCUUCAACAACGUCACCAAGAACUACGACCGCCUGCAGUGCGAGUCGCCACGGGAGUUUGCCGGCUACCCGCUGCUGGUGCCCCGGCCCUACCACAGCCUCAACGCCAUCACCGUGCUCCAGGCCAAGUGCCGGAACGGCUCGCUGCCCGCCCGGCCCGUGAGCCACCCCACGCCCUACUCCACCGACGCCCAGAGGGAGCCGGACGAGAACUCGGGCUUCAACCCCGACGAGAUCCUCUCGGUGGAGCCGCCGGCCUCAUCCACCACGGACGCGUCCGCGGGGCCCGCCAUCAAGCUGCACCACGUCACCUUCACCUCGGCCACCCUGGUGGUCAUCAUCCCACACCCCUACAGCAAGAUGUACGUCCUGGUGCAGUACAACAACAGCUACUUCUCCGACGUCAUGACCCUCAAGAACAAGAAGGAGAUCGUGACGCUGGACAAGCUGCGGGCGCACACCGAGUACACCUUCUGCGUGACCUCGCUGCGCAACAGCCGCCGCUUCAACCACACCUGCCUGACCUUCACCACGCGGGACCCCGUCCCCGGCGACUUGGCACCCAAAACCUCCACCACCACCCACUACAUCAUGACCAUCCUGGGCUGCCUCUUCGGCAUGGUCAUCGUGCUGGGGGCCGUGUACUACUGCCUGCGCAAGCGUCGCAUGCAGGAGGAGAAGCAGAAGUCCGUCAACGUCAAGAAAACCAUCCUGGAAAUGCGGUACGGGGCCGAUGUGGAUGCCGGCUCCAUCGUGCACGCCGCCCAGAAGCUGGGCGAGCCCCCCGUGCUGCCUGUGUCUCGCAUGGCCUCCAUCCCCUCCAUGAUUGGGGAGAAGCUGCCCACCGCCAAGGGCUUGGAGGCCGGGCUGGACACGCCCAAGGUGGCCACCAAGGGCAACUAUAUCGAGGUGCGCACAGGUGCUGGCGGGGAUGGCCUGGCUCGGCCCGAGGAUGACCUCCCGGACCUCGAGAAUGGCCAGGGCUCCGCGGCGGAGAUCUCCACCAUUGCCAAGGAGGUGGACAAGGUCAACCAGAUCAUCAACAACUGCAUCGAUGCCCUCAAGCUGGACUCGGCCUCUUUCCUGGGAGGCGGCAGUGGCGGUGGGGAUCCCGAGCUGGCCUUCGAGUGCCAGUCCCUCCCUGCAGCUGCUGCCGCCUCCUCGGCCACUGCCCCCGGGCCACUGGAGCGGCCCAGCUUCCUGUCGCCUCCCUACAAGGAGAGCUCCCACCACCCGCUACAGCGCCAGCUGAGCGCCGACGCGGCCGUGACCCGCAAGACCUGCAGCGUGUCUUCCAGCGGUUCCAUCAAGAGCGCCAAGGUCUUUAGCCUGGACGUGCCCGACCAUCCGGCCGCCACGGGGCUGGCCAAGGGCGACUCCAAGUACAUCGAGAAGGGCAGCCCUCUCAACAGCCCGCUGGACCGGCUCCCACUGGUGCCGGCGGGCAGCGGCGGGGGCGGCGGCGGGGGCGGCGGCAUCCAUCACCUGGAGGUGAAGCCGGCCUACCACUGCAGCGAGCACCGACACAGCUUCCCCGCCCUCUACUACGAGGAGGGCGCCGACAGCCUGAGCCAGCGCGUGUCCUUCCUCAAGCCGCUGACCCGCUCCAAGCGUGACUCCACCUACUCACAGCUCUCCCCCAGACACUACUACUCAGGGUACUCCUCCAGCCCCGAGUACUCAUCCGAGAGCACGCACAAGAUCUGGGAGCGCUUCCGGCCCUACAAGAAGCACCACCGGCAGGAGGUGUACAUGGCCGCCGGCCACGCCCUGCGCAAGAAGGUCCAGUUCGCCAAGGACGAGGAUCUGCACGACAUCCUCGAUUACUGGAAGGGGGUCUCGGCCCAGCAGAAGCUGUGAGCCCCCUCCUCCCUGGUGAGGUCGGAGCCAGAGGGCUGGGGGCCGUCUGGGGGAAGGGUCCGGGCGGCCAGGGCGGGGAAGCUGACUCGGGGGCUGAGGCCCAGGAGAGGACGCACACGCAGACCCGCACGCACGCACGCACACACACACACCACUGACCACCACCCGACUGUGAACAAAACCACAUCCGACAAUAACGGACAGGAAAACAAAGACACAUCUUCCUUAAAGUUUACAAACUUGA